UGCUGGCGGCAGAUAUGUAAUCGCCCAAUUCCUUUUAUUUGUUUUCGUCGCACAACAUCAACAUCCGGGUACGCGCGGCGUGGUGACGUCAUUCGGGAAGCGUUAAUGUCAGUCAUCUGACCAAGCAACUGCUGCAGCUAGCACAUCGGGCCAUGAUGGCCUACCCGGACUCCCGCAACCCAUUCGCAGACGAUGACGACGAAGAUAGCUUCCGCCCUUCAAACAGGGGCUUGGACGGCGACCCCGGCGACGGCGGGCUGACCGACGCCGAGAGGAGACAGCGCUACCUCCAGCAGGAAGUGAUGCAUACGGCUCAGUCGGCGGUGGACAGCAGCUACCGUUCCCUCGGGUACAUCUACGAAUCCGAGAAGAUGGGUGUGGAAACGGCAGAGGAGCUGAUGCGACAGGGGGAAGUUCUGAAAAGGACGGACAAAAUGUUGGACAACAUGGAUGAGGAUCUGAAGACCAGCCAGAAGCACAUCAACAGUAUCAAGAGUGUUUGGGGAGGCCUGGUCAGUUACUUCAAGGGCAAACCUGACCAGCCCAAACCUCCAGCGGAGGAGCCAAAGCCCUACCAGGCCAACGAAAGAUUACAGAGUGCUUUGGCGACCAGCAGAGGGCAAGAAGACAAGUACCAAGCAAGUCACCCCAACCUCAGAAAGCUGGAGACAGGAGGGUUUGGGGCCUCGGCAUCAGUCGACGGCGACUUCUCCGCCCGAAAUGGAUCUUCUCAGAACAGACACCUUCGACAAGCUCACCAGACCUUGGACAACAAUUUAGGUGAAAUGGCGGACGGCUUGAGCAGGCUCAAGAGGCUCGCCUUGGGUCUCCAGUCGGAGAUCGAAAGCCAGGAUGACUCCAUCGAUUGUCUCUUCAACAAAGUGGACAAGAUGGACACAAAGAUCAAUAAUACAAACCAGCAGAUUAAACGCCUCAAAUAAACGUUUUGGGACCUCACAGACA